AUGGCAAUUCGCGAGGACUUGGUAGCCUCUGCGGACCCGAGCGUAGCGUCCUCUACCGUCGAGAACAAAAUCCAAUUUCUUCGAUCCAAGAACCUCACCCAAGAGGAAAUCAACGCCGCUCUCGCUCGCACCGGCAGUCCAGUUCCAGCUGGCGCCGUGCCAUAUGCCUCCCCGGCCGGCUCGCCUCAACAGUACUAUCCUCCCUAUGCACAGCAAGCAUGGCAACCGCCUCCCCCUGUACCGCGAAGAGAUUGGCGAGACUGGUUUAUCAUGGCCACUGUCGUCAGCGGGGUAGGCUACGGCUUGUACUCGCUGAGCAAGCGAUAUGUUUAUCCUCUCAUCGCACCUCCCACCCCCGAAAGACUGGAGCAGGACAAGAAGUCGAUAGAGGAGCAGUUCGACAAAGCAUUUGCCUUGGUUGAACAGUUGGCCAAAGAUACCGAGGCUCUCAAAGCCGCCGAGCAACAGAGAACCGAGAGAUUGGACGGUGCAAUCUCUGAGCUCGAGACUGUCAUGUCGGACCUCAAGUCUGCCAAUCGCCGUCGGGAGGAUGAUGCCCAGCACAUCCGCGAGGAGGUCCAGGCGUUGAAGGACGCCAUUCCCAAGGCGAUGGAAAAUCAGAAGAUUGUCACUGACAAUCGAUUGUCCGAGAUCAACACGGAGCUCACCAGCCUCAAAACGCUCGUUUCCCAGAGAAUGGCACCAAGCUCCUCCACGCCUGCCACCACCACCGGCAGCAGCCCAUGCGCGCGCUCGUCCGGCGGUACACUUGGCGUUGGUCGACCUUCUACCUCGACGGCCACGACUCCUGCCGCGGCCACGGUCGAGAGCGUUGCCGAGAGCUCCAGCACACCAACGCCUGCAACCGCAGCUGCCGGCGAACCACCCAACAAGGGUCUCGCGCAAAGCUUCAGCCGACCGCCUGGGCUUACUAAUGGUGGCAGCAGUUCAACCAAGGCGUCGAUUCCUGCAUGGCAGAUGGCUGCAGCCCAGUCCGCGUCAAGCGCGACCACCGAAGGAGGCAGCAAGGAGGAUGGCGCCAGCUCUUGA